AUGUCGGUCGUUUCCCUGUUAGGUGUAAAUGUCCUCAACAACCCAGCCAAGUUUGGGGACCCUUACCAGUUCGAAAUCACCUUUGAGUGCUUGGAAUCACUGCAGAAAGAUCUCGAAUGGAAGUUGACCUAUGUGGGAUCUGCCACCUCCGAUGAGCACGACCAAGAGCUCGAUUCUCUCCUCGUCGGGCCCAUUCCUGUGGGCGUCAACAAAUUCGUUUUCGAAGCCGACCCACCAAAGACCAACAAGAUUCCUGACGCUGAAAUCCUGGGCGUUACGGUGAUACUCCUCACCUGUGCCUACGAUGGCAGAGAGUUCGUUCGUGUAGGUUACUAUGUCAACAAUGAGUAUGAUUCGGAGGAACUCAAUGCCGAUCCACCGCCAAAGCCAAUCUUGGAAAAGGUCCGCAGGAACAUCCUUGCGGAAAAGCCAAGAGUUACCCGCUUUGCUAUCAAAUGGGACUCUGACGCUUCGGCACCACCUGAAUUCCCACCUGAGCAGCCAGAGGCAGAUUUGACCGCCGAUGGAGAUCAAUACGGUGCUGAGGAAGCCGAAGAAGAGGAAGAGGAGGAACUCGCAGAGGGUGCCGAAGUUGCUGCAGACCCCGAUGCCAUGGUCGACGAUUCCGAGAUGGCUGGGGCUGAGGUAGACCCAGCCGCUGCCGGUGAAGAAGAUGACGAUGCUGGUAGUGAGGACCUCGAGGCCGACAGCUCUGGCAGCGAGGAUGAAGAGCUUGAGGAGGAGGAAGUCGAGGGUGAUGGAGAUGCUGAUAUGGAUAUGGAUGGUGUUGAAAAGCCAAGUGGAGCAGUCGCUCCUCAAGCUGAUGCUGUCAUGGCACACUGA